GACGGACACCCGCCAUCAGCCAAUGGCGCCCACGAUGUGUCCCGGAAGGGCCAAUGAGAGACGGAGGAGGGCGAAAGAUUCCCCGCCCCCACUUCUAGGCUUGGUUGAGCCGUGCAGAUAACUUCUUGAAACAAAAAAUUUUCCUACCUGCUCAUACUUGGUGACUUCAAGGGAAUUACUAAGACUCCCUUCUUGCUCAUUUCUGAGUAUUGUCUGAACUAUUCCUGACACUAUGAAUGCUAUUUGGAUGCCUCUUAAGUCUGUUCUCUGGGGAGGCAGUGAGAGGCCGUGGAGCUGGCCUCGGCACCGGGAGAGGCUGGACUUCCUGUCUCUCUGUGCUGAAUGGCUGCGAUGGCGCCCGCUCUUACUGACGCAGCAGCUGAAGCACACCACAUCCGGUUCAAACUGGCUCCCCCGUCCUCCACCUUGUCGCCUGGCAGUGUCGAAAGUAACGGCAACGCCAAUAUCCUCAUUGCUGCCAACGGAACCAAAAGAAAAUCCAUUGCUGCAGAGGAUCCCAGUCUAGAUUUCCGAAAUAAUCCAACCAAGGAAGACUUGGGAAAGCUGCAACCACUGGUGGCAUCUUAUCUCUGCUCCGAUGUGACAUCUGUUCCUUCAAAGGAGUCUUUGAAAUUGCAAGGAGUUUUCAGCAAGCAGACAGUCCUUAAAUCUCGCCCUCUUUUAUCUCAGCCCUAUGAACUCCGAGCUGAGCUGUUGGGGAGACAGCCAGUCUUGGAGUUUUCCUUAGAAAAUCUGAGAACCAUGAAUACUAGUGGUCAGACAGCUCUGCCACAAGCACCUGUAAAUGGGUUGGCUAAGAAAUUGACUAAAAGUUCAACACAUUCUGAUCAUGACAAUUCCACUUCCCUCAAUGGGGGAAAACGUGCUCUCACUUCAUCUGCUCUGCAGGGAGGUGAAGUGGGGGGAUCUGAAUCUGGGGACUUGAAGGGGGGUAUGACCAAUUGCACUCUUCCACAUAGAAGCCUUGAUGUAGAACACACAACUAUAUUUAGCAAUAAUAGCACUGCAAACAAAUCUUCUGUAAAUUCCAUGGAACAGCCGGCACUUCAAGGAAGCAGUAGGUUAUCACCUGGCACAGACUCCAGCUCUAACUUUGGGGGUGUCAAGCUAGAGGGUAAAAAGCCUCCUCUGUCUUCCAUUCUUUUCAGUGCUUUAGAUUCUGACACAAGGAUAACAGCCUUACUGCGGCGGCAGGCUGAUAUUGAGAGUCGUGCCCGCAGGUUACAGAAGCGCUUACAGGUUGUGCAAGCCAAGCAGGUGGAGAGACACAUACAGCAUCAGCUGGGUGGAUUUUUAGAGAAGUCUUUGAGCAAACUGCCAAACUUGGAAUCCUUAAGGCCUCGGAGCCAGUUGAUGCUGACUAGAAAGGCUGAAGCUGCCUUGAGAAAAGCUGCCAGUGAGACCACCACUUCAGAGGGACUCAGCAACUUUCUGAAAAGUGAUUCCAUUUCAGAAGAACUGGAGAGAUUUACAGCCAGUGGCAUAGCCAACUUGAGGUGCAGUGAACAAGCAUUUGAUUCAGAUGUCACUGACAGUAGCUCGGGAGGGGAGUCUGAUAUUGAAGAGGAAGAACUGACCAGAGCUGAUCCUGAGCAGCGCCAUGUACCCCUGAGGCGCAGGUCAGAAUGGAAAUGGGCUGCAGACCGAGCAGCCAUUGUUAGCCGCUGGAACUGGCUUCAGGCUCAUGUUUCUGACUUGGAAUAUCGAAUUCGGCAGCAAACAGAUAUUUACAAACAGAUUCGUGCUAAUAAGGGGUUGAUCGUUCUUGGGGAGGCACCUUCCCCAGAGCACACAACAGACCUAUUUCUUCCACUUAGUUCUGAGGUGAAGACAGAUCAUGGGACCGAUAAACUGAUUGAGUCUGUUUCUCAGCCACUGGAAAACCAUGGUGCCCCUGUUAUUGGUCAUCCUUCAGAAUCGUCUACCAAAUCAUGUGGAACACUGAGACCUGUCAACGGAGUUAUUAACACUCUCCAGCCUGUCUUGGCGGACCACAUUCCAGGUGAUGGCUCUGAUGCUGAGGAGCAAUUACAUAAAAAGCAGCGACUGAAUCUCAUUUCUUCAUCAUCUGAUGGCACCUGUGUGGCAGCCCGGACACGUCCUGUACUGAGCUGUAAGAAGCGGAGGCUUGUUCGACCUAACAGCAUUGUUCCUCUUUCCAAGAAGGUUCACCGGAACAGCACUGUCCGCUCUGGCUGUGAUGUGAAUCCCUCCUGCGCACUGUGUGGUUCAGGCAGCAUCAGCACCAUGCCCCCUGAGAUCCACUAUGAGGCCCCUCUGUUGGAACGUCUUUCCCAGUUGGACUCUUGUGUUCACCCAGUUCUAGCAUUUCCAGAUGAUGUCCCCACGAGCCUGCACUUCCAGAGCAUGCUGAAAUCUCAGUGGCAGAACAAGCCUUUUGACAAAAUCAAACCACCUAAAAAGUUUUCCCUUAAGCACAGAGCACCCAUGCCAGGCAGUCUGCCAGAUCCAACUCGAAAAGACAGGCACAAGUUGGUCAACUCCUUCCUCACAACAGCCAAGCUGUCCCAUCACCAAAUCCGGCCUGACAGGACCCACAGACAGCACUUAGACGAUGUGGGGGCAGUGCCCAUGGUGGAGCGAGUGACAGCGCCCAAAGCAGAGCGCUUGCUCAACCCGCCGCCAUCCGUGCAUGACCCAAACCACAGCAAAAUGAGAUUGCGAGACCAUUCAUCUGAGAGAAGUGAAGUGUUGAAGCAUCACACAGAUAUGAGCAGUCCGAGCUACUUGGCAGCUGCCCACCACCCGCCACACAGUCCCUUGGUGCGACAGCUCUCCACCUCCUCAGACACCUCUGCUCCCACCAGCUCUAGCCCACAGGUUACAGCCAGCACAUCUCAGCCGAUAAGGAGGAGAAGGGGAGAGAGCUCAUUCGAUAUUAACAACAUUGUCAUCCCAAUGUCUGUUGCUGCAACAACUCGUGUAGAGAAACUACAAUACAAGGAAAUCCUGACUCCCAGCUGGCGGGAGGUUGAUCUUCAGUCUCUGAAGGGGAGUCCUGACGAAGAGAACGAGGAGAUCGAGGACCUAUCCGAUGCAGCCUUUGCCGCCCUGCAUGCCAAAUGUGAGGAGAUGGAAAGGGCACGGUGGCUGUGGACGACGAGUGUACCACCCCAGCGGCGUGGCAGCAGGUCUUACAGGUCAUCAGACGGCCGGACAACCCCCCAGCUGGGCAGUGCCAACCCCUCCACUCCUCAGCCUGCCUCCCCUGAUGUCAGUAGUAGCCACUCUUUGUUGGAGUUCUCCCACGGCCAGUCCCCUAGGAGCCCCAUUAGCCCAGAACUACACUCUGCUCCCCUCACGCCUGUAGCUCGGGACACUCUGCGACACCUAGCCAGUGAAGACACCCGUUGUUCCACGCCAGAGCUGGGGUUGGAUGAACAGUCUGUCCAGCCUUGGGAGCGGCGUACCUUCCCCCUGGCGUACAGUCCCCAGGCAGAGUGUGAGGACCUGCUGGAUGCCCAGGAACGGGCAGCCCGUUGCACUCGGCGCACCUCAGGCAGCAAGACUGGCCGGGAGACAGAGGUGGCACCCACCUCGCCUCCCGUUGUCCCCCUCAAAAGUCGACAUCUGGUGGCGACAGUCACAGCUCAGCGCCCAACUCACAGAUGAGCGGGAUACAGGAAUCUAAACAGACUCACUAACUAUUGGCAUUAAAGCUUCAAAAAUCUCUGUGUUUGAUAUUCAAACAUCAUAUGCCGGAAAUUUUCACAGUUUUUAGUGAAUUUAAGGAAUUUAGAUCCAACUUUGGUCAUUUUUUUUCCUUGUUUUGAUUUUUGUUUUGUUUUUGUUUUGAUAUCCAUGUUUUCUUGUCACACACCUGAGCACUUCCUCCAGUUGGCAAACAGAAGUUCAGGCUAAGACCCUGCUGGGCUGGCCCUGGCCUGUCUGCACUGUUAAAUCACUGGACUUAGCAAUGUUAGAUGACCAUCCCUCUCCCUCGUGCCUGUGGGCAGAGAGGGAGUGGAGAGCUUCAGUUCAGCGUUGCCUUCAAGUUUGCAGGGGGAGAGGGCAGGGCAUCCUGGGCUCCUCCCCCCUUCCCUCCCAUCUGGGGCUGGGUCUGCUGUGCUGGAGCACCCUCUGUGGAGCCUCUUCACCGUAACUGCCAGCUGCUGUCACUGAGCUCCCUGCUGGCAGAACGGCUGCCUAGAUCUUAAGAGACCCGGGGCGGGGGGGGAGGGUGGGUGUCCUCUGCACUGGGUCAUCUCUGCAUUGACGUCUUCACUGCAGUAACCCAGCUGCAGCUGCUCAGGUCCCCACCCUGCCCUUUCUGCCUCCCUCCUGCUCCCCCAUGCCAUAUUCACACCCACAUACCAUCCUUCCACACAGAACAUCGUUACCGCUGUUCUGCUCUAUCAAGACAGGGUUCGGACUACUUAACUUCUGUUCCCACUCCCCUGCAAAUCGGGGGGUUUGGGAAAGGAGCAGCCACUUCCCCGGUAAUUUUCACCAACUCACUUUGUCCUGUUUCCUUCACAUCUCGUUCCCUUUCAGUGUCUGUUGGGCCCUUCCUCUUACACGGCCCCCUGGCCUGUGGAACAUUGUCUGGUCCUAGCUGUGGUUCCCCCUCACUCCCCACCACUUCCUUUUGUUAGCCUUGUGCCUGUCUCAUGUAUAAUCACAUCACCAAAAACGGGGGAGGGAAUAAGGACUCCUUUUUUUUUUUUUUUUGCCAUUUUGUAAUCGUAUGAAAAUAGUAGACAACUGCUUAAUGGUUGGGGUUUUUUUUUUUUUUCCCACAAUUUUCAACAUUAGUGAUUUCUUUUUGGUUCUGUUUGCAAGUUAAAGGGUUUGUCAUUGUUUCUUUAAAAAACAAUAACGCACCAUAUCCCUAUGCAUAAAGUGCUUCUUCUAUUUAUAAGGUUGAGAUUCUGAAUAACCCUUUUAGCAUUGUAAAAAAACAAAAAACAAAAAUGGAAAAAAAAACCUUGUAUUUUGUAAAUAUUUUCUUUUCCUGCUUUGAGCUGUGUAAUGGCAGCGAAACAUGUAGCUGUCUUUGUUCUAUAGAAAUGCUUUUCUUCAGAGAAGCUGAUCUUUGUUAAUGUCUUGAUUCUGUUCGCAAAGCACAGAACUAGUGCUUAAAAAAAAAAAAAAGGAAGGAAAAAAUUGAAAAAAAUAAUAAAAAAAAGUUA